AUGCAUGCACAAUCGCAAUCGCAUGCAUAUAAACUUGUGAAAAUUGACAAGUCGCAAGUGAAAGAGAUCAAGAGCGAACUAUUGUUGAGUCGAUGGAGUGGCUUGGUUGACCCCAUACAAGUACAGGCAACUAGAAGAUCGCAAUACCCACACAUUGAUCGAGUUCUCCUAGCAAGGAGUAAACGACUGCACGGCCUCAAGGAAAUUUCUGAGCUGCCAGAGCGUCAGCAUUCAUUGAGUGAAGUAUGGAGUGAAGUGAAUCAAGACAGAUUCGUCGAGUCGCCCAACAAGCAUGCGUCAGAGUGUUGUACAGCUGAAGAAGCUGUCAGUUCAGUCACGGAAUCAAAUAGCCACUGUGAAAUCCACGAAGCGUCUCCUCCCUCGCCUCAGAUUUCACGCGCAGAGGGCGAAGAGAUCAAAGUGGCGUCAGACCGAUCGACGAUGGUAAAGGAACACGGCGAUCAGAUCCAAGGCCAUGGUGAUGACGAUUCCUACAUGCCUCAAGAAGAGGCGACAAUGGCGCGCGAAGUUUUUGUCGCUUUCUUGCGGAGAACAUCAGCAUUGUGCGAAUACGAAAAGCUGCAGCACUCAUCACGAAUGAUGCAAGAGGUUGAGCGACUUCAAUUCCGGCGAACACGAGAUAGGUUGAUGACGAUUCUGCGAGAACUGAAAGCGACUUGCUUGAGCCGAAGCCGUCUCAGAUCUUGUCGUCAUGUGAUCGAGGUAGACACAAUCUUCCCGCUGCUGCUCUUCUCACAUAUGGACGAGGUUCGACAGUGCGUCUUCCGUCAACGCGUCACCAUGAAUGCAUGGAAGCUCCUGACGUCAAGCCGCAAGGCUUGGCGCAUGGCUUCCAAGACAAAACCCGCGCCGCCUUCUUGUCUUCGCGCCUUCGACUUUGGCGACGGCACCUGA